CGCAAAACUCCAAACCCGCUAUCAGUCGACGAAAUUGCGACUAUAUCGGAGCUAAUCGAAUUACUAAGACCCUUCAAUGACGCGACCCAACAAAUUUCCGCAAAUAAAACUGUCACCAUUUCUCUAAUCAUUCCGAUAAUUAGCGAGCUGCAUCAAAAAAUUAACAAAUUGCGUUAUGAAAUAAAAUUCGACAACGUUUUGGAAGCCUUAAACAUGAUUGCCAAAAGAUUGCCCGAGAGAUUUGGACAGUAUGAAAAGAGGACCAUUCCCCGAAUCUCAACAUUAAUAGAUGCUCGCUUCAAAAAGUAUGGUUUCUUGCAUACUUUCAAUGCCGACGAAGCUGCAAAAGCUUUAGAAGAUGAGUUAUCCGAUUGUUUGUCCUUAAAAACGUCACAAAAGCCUCCUACACCAUCUGAACCAAAGCGUACGCGAUUUGAAUUUUUAAAGUACUAUAUAGCGGCCAAGCUAGCCUCCAAUAGAGCUGAUUCAAUCAUCAUGCUAAACCAAUAUUUGACAAAACCAAAUGCCGAGGAGGAUGUGGAUCCCCUGAUUUAUUGGAAGAAUUCUGACGAAGAAGCUUUAAAGUUGAUAGCUAAGAAGUAUAUGUGCGUGCCUGCAACGUCGUGUGCAUCUGAAAGGAUGUUUAGCAAAGCCGGACAAGUCGUGUCAGAUAGCCGAUGUGCUCUGAAACCGCAAAUCGUUAAUGCGUUAUUAUUUAUAAACCAAAACUAUGAUCUCCUUAAUACUUAAUACUUGAUACUCAUUAUUUUUGAAACAAAACUGUGAUCUCGAAAAUGAUCUGCUUUGUAAAUUCUUGAAUAAUAAAGACUUGUUAUUUUGUUUUAAAUUUUAUU